AUGUCUUGGAAAUCUCAUUUCAGUCAGGAACUAGAUGACUUUUUAACAGAUGACUUAGAAGAUUUUUCACAAGAAGAACUUGAAAAAUUAACAUGGGCAUCGGCUAAAGUUAGAGAGCGAUUAAAAGAUGUUUUACAUGUUAAACAAAAAGAUAUACAAGAAGCACUAAAAUAUUGUCAUUUUGAUGUAGAUAAAGCAUGUUCCAGAAUCAUGGAGCGAAAACAUUUAAAAGAAGGGUUAAAUAUAAAUAAAACACCAUUAAAAAAAGGUCAAUCUAGUCAUGAAAUAUCUUCAGAGGGAAAUACAUCUGAAACUAAAGAAAUAUCUGGAUCAAAACAAUCAAAACUUAUAGCUUUAGCAAGUUCUAAACAUAAAUUAUCAUCAAAUAACCCUAUAUCAUCAUCAUCAUCAUCAUUGAAAUCCGUUUCACUUCUAUCUCAUUUAACUAGAGAGAAAUUUAAAGCGGCUAAUGAUAGUGAAAAUAAUAAUAAUUUAUCUAAAACAAUAUUAGAUGUACAAACAAAUCUUACAAAAUGUGAUGUUGAAAAGGACUUAAAUCUUCUGAAUGAAUCUUCAGAAGAGGGUCAAAAGGAUGAAAUUAUUGAUAAUUCUUUAAAUAUCUUUUUAAAAAAAAAUGAACAUAAUAUAGAAGUAAAGCCUUCUAAAUUUGCAUUAACUAUUUUUGGAGAAAAAUUAGAAUUAUCUGAUUAUUUUUACAAGUUUGCUAAUCAGAGGUUUUCUUUAUUUGCAGGAGCAUCAGAGAACGAUCUUAAAUUAUCACAUAAUAAAGCGUCUAAUAAACCAUUGAAAUCUCAAAAAAAAGAAAAAAAAUUAAAAACUCCAAGUAGUGUUAAAUCACCAAUUUGCUCAGAAAUUAUAUCAGAUCAAGACAAUUUGCAUAAUAAACUAAAUACUUUAAACAUAUCCUUAGAACAAGGGGAUAAAGAUGAAACAGAUUAUCAUGAAUCUUAUGAAUUAAGCGAAUCAAAAAACAAAAUAUCCAAUUUAAAAACAGCUAAUAUAAAAAAUAAGCCUAACGUUAAUAUUGUUAUUAUUGGACAUGUAGAUGCAGGGAAAAGUACAUUAAUAGGAAGACUUUUAUAUGAUUUAAAAGUUGUUGAUGCCGAAACUAUUGAAAAAUUAAAACGAGAAGCAAGCAAAUCAGGGAAACCAUCUUUUCAUUUUGCAUGGGUUUUAGAUCAAACAUCAGAGGAGCGUGAUCGUGGGGUUACUAUGGACUUAGGUAUUAAUUACUUUGAGACUUCUUUACGUAGAUAUACUAUUUUAGAUGCACCUGGACAUAAAGAUUUUAUUCCUAACAUGAUAGCAGGAGCUUCUCAUGCAGAUGUAGCUCUAUUAGUUAUAGAUGCUUCUUAUGGUUCGUUUGAAUCAGGAUUUACAGCACAUGGACAAACCAGAGAACAUGUUAUUUUAGCACGUAGUUUAGGCAUUCAAAAAAUAAUUGUUGCUAUUAAUAAACUCGAAACUAUUAAUUGGUCUCAAGAAAGAUAUGAAGAUAUUAUGGCACAAAUACUUCAGUUUUUUAUAUAUAAAGGAUUUCAAAAGUCUAAUAUUUCAUUUAUACCCUGUAGUGGACUUACAGGUGAAAAUUUAACAAAUACAAUUCCUUUAAACCCUCAGCUCAAGUUAUGGUAUUCCGAUUUUACACUCUUAGAUGCUUUAGAAAAUAUAUCGAUUAAUCGUCAGCAACUUGAUACAUUUCUUCGAAUCUCUAUUAUGGAUGUUUAUAAGUCUUCUAACACUUUAGUUUCUGUGGUUGGGAGAAUUGAAACUGGUAUUGUAAAUGUAGGAAAAGAAGUAAUUGUUAUGCCUUCGAAAAAAAAUGGAAUAAUUAGCUCUAUUUAUAUUCAUGAUAAUCUUCAGGAUCUUGCAUUUUCAGGGGACGAAGUCUUGAUUAAUUUAUCAAAUAUUGAUUUGUCUUAUUUAAAGCCAGGUGAUAUUAUAUGUGAUUUAGAAAAUCCAGUUCAAAUUGUUUCAAAAUUUCGUGCAAAGAUUAUUACUUUUGAUUUACUUAGACCACUAACUAUAGGAACACCGCUUAUUAUUCAUAGAGGACGAUUAAAUGUAGAUGCAAAUAUCAAAAAAUUGAUUUCAAUUAUUGACAAAUCAACGGGUCAAGUUAAGAAAAAAGAUCCUAAAUUUAUUGGUAGCUUUGAUGCAGCUGUCGUUGAAAUCGAAUUCUGUAAACAUGCUGAAGCAAUGGAAUCUUUUAAACAUUGUAAAGAGUUAGGUCGGUUUAUUGCACGAUCACAAGGAGAAACCAUAGCAGCAGGUAUUAUUGAAGACGAGUAG